AUGCUCCCCACGCACGGCCAGACUGCCGUCAUCCAGUCCAAGACACACGCCACGGCCCCCCGUCUCCCACUCACCGUCGCCCAUGGCCGCCCUCUGCCGCCCUUGCCCUCACCGCACCAUGUGCGUAUACGCGUGCUGGCCGUUGGCCUGAACCCAACCGACCACAAGAUGGUGACCCACUUCUUCAUGCAGGACAAUACUGCCGGGUGCGACUUCUGUGGUAUUAUCGUCGAGGCCGGACACGAAUCGGUGCUAAGUCCAGGUCUCCGGGUUUGUGGCGCUGACUUCCCCUACCGACCCAGCAAUCCCUACAAUGGCGCCUUUGCGGAAUACGCCAUAGCCGAUGCACGCCAUCUGCUGCGCAUUCCGGACUCUGUCUCUGACCUCCAGGCCGCUGCCAUAGGUGCCAUUGGCUGGGGCACCGUUGCCUUGGCCAUGUCUGACCCCACGGCCUUGAACCUGCCCGGACUGCCCUCGAAGCCAGAUGCACGAAACAUCCCCGUCUUGGUCUAUGGUGGUGCCACCGCGACGGGCAUCAUGGCUAUCCAGAUGCUGAAGCAAUCAGGCUACGCACCUAUUGCAGUUUGCUCGCCCCAGUCUGCGUCUUUCUGCAUUAGUCUCGGUGCCAUUGGCACAGCGUCUUACACCUCACCAACUUGCGCCCAGGACAUCAAGGCACUUGCAAAGGGGCAGAAUAUCAAACAUGCCCUUGACUGCAUUGCUGACCCCGAGUCGACUGCCACGUGUCUAGCCUCUCUUGCACGUCUCGGCGCCCGCUAUGCCUGCCUUGAAGCCGUGCCCGAUGCCUGGCUCACUCGCCGAUCAGUCGCCGUCAAGGUCGUCAUGGGCUUUGAGGGUCAGAAUUUCGACGUUGAUCUCGGUCAUCCAGUCUACUCGCGCAAGGCGAAUCCAGCCCUGCACGCUGUCGCUGCCACAUGGGCUGCUGAGCUGCAGCCAUUGUUGGACGCCGGACACCUCAAGACUCAGCCCCUCGAAGAGAUUCAAGGUCGUUUCGAAGGUGUCAUCAAAGCAUUGGAAAUGUUACAAGACGGGCAUAUCAAGGGUAAAAAAGCUAGUUGUGACUAUUUCUCAAUAGAACGCUGA